AUGCCUAUAGAGGAGGAAAUGUGUAUCAGAUUUGAAGAAGGGUUGAAUGAUGAUAUUAGAAUGAUGAUAGGAGGUAAUGAAUUACGAAAGUUUGUUGUUUUAUCAGAUUAUGCUCAGAAACUUGAGGAAGUGUAUAAUCGAAAGAUGCAACGAGAUAAAAAGAGCAAAGAAUCAUUUAAAAGAGGUGCAUCCAAGUCAUUUUCGGCUUUACCAGUGAAGAAAUCCAGAGAAGAAUUUAGUCGGGCCACUUCAAUGCCGAAAAUAUCGGGAAAGAGUAGAUCAAGACAAUUUGAUUCCAGGACAUUUGAUAUACUUAGUAGUGCUACAGGGGCUAUCCGUUCGGGUAUGAGAGAAUCAGCUAGUCGAUCAGAUGUUAGAACACCUGCACGUACCUACACUAUUCGAGCGAGAGAAGAAGCGACAGCUCUGGAUGUAAUUGCUGGUACUUUUUAUCUUUAUGAUGAUACUGUGUAUGCAUUAGUAGACCCUGGGUCUACACAUAUUUGCACCAUGUUAGCAUCUGAAAAGAAUUUAUCUGUUGAGCCUACUGAUUUCGAUGUUCAAAUCAGUUUGAAAUGCCAAACAAGGGAUAUGAUUUCAGUUGGGUCUGAAAAUUUGGAUGAUACUGUUAGUAUUAUUUCAGCCUUCUCUGCUCAGAGAUUGUUACGUAAAGGAAACGAGGCAUUCUUGGCCUAUAUUCUUGAUACUCUGGGUUCCAAUUCAAAGUUAGAACAAAUGUCGGUAGUUAAUGAAUUCCCCGAUGUGUUUCCUAAGGAGUUGCCAGGUUUACCACCUGAUAGAGAAGUAGAAUUUGGGAUAGAUGUGAUCCCGAGAAUAGCUCCUAUUUCAGUGACACUGUAUAGAAUGGCCCCAGCUGAAUUAAAAGAGUUGAAGACACAGUUAUAA